AUGCUGCACAUCAAUGAGGUAUUGACAUUGAUGAUGGUGCGACAAAGCACUAAUGGUGAUAAUUUUUAUCAACACUGUGUCAUCACUGAUGUGUCCUUUGGCCAAAGCCUAGUGAGUAUAUAUGAGACAUUAGAGAAAAAGGCCAAUGAUGGAGGUGCAAGAAGGGGAGGCAAGCGAAGAAGAAUGGUCGUAGAGGAGUUUGAUGGUGUCCUUGUUGAUUAUUGGUUUGAUGAAGGGAUGAUGCAGUAUAUGAGGGGGGAAAUGCCCAAAUAUGGCAACAGUUGGGCAAAGGUGAAAAAGGCAUGGAACAUUGAGUCAUUGGCUCAAUUUAGCCUUAAUGAACCAGUCGACCAACUUUAUUGCGUGGUUAUUGCUAAUGAAAUCUUGUUCGCUGGGGCACAAAACAUCAAGACUAUUGCAAAAUGCCUAGCUGAUGAACUUAUUAAUGCUGCAAAGGGUUCCUCUAAUAGCUAUGCCAUCAAACAGAAGGAUGUAAUCGUGAGAGUUGCCAAGGCCAACCGUUGA